UCACUGCACAAGCUUCAGAUUCAUCAGAGGAUUCACACGGGGGAGAAACCCUACAAAUGUGAGGAGUGUGGGAAAUGCUUUUCCCAAAAACCACACCUUGGACGCCAUCAGAGGGUCCACACAGGAGAGAAGCCAUACAGCUGCGUAGAAUGUGGGAAUUGUUUCACUGAAAAGGGAGACCUUCGGAGACAUCAUAGAACCCACACAGGGGAGAAACCAUAUCAAUGCUACGAAUGUGGAAGAUUUUAUCCUACCUCAUCAGCUCUUAGAGCUCAUAGAAAAACUCACACAGGGGAAAAAAACUACAAAUGUUUAGACUGUGGGAGAACAUUUGCUCAUUCAUUUCACCUUAUAAGCCACAGCCGAAUCCAUACAGGAGAGAGACCCUACAAAUGCUCAGAGUGUGAUAAAUGUUUUUCACGGAAAGAUACUCUUGUGAAGCAUCAGCGAAUCCACACUGGAGAGAAACCCUAUAAAUGUCUGGAGUGUGGGAAAUGUUUUGCCCAACCUUACACACUUCACAUGCACACCCAAAUUCACGCUGGAAGUAGCCUCACAAGUGCACAGAGUGUGAGAAAGCUUUUCCUAGUAAAUCAAAUCUAAAAUAGCACCAGAAAGUCCAUAGCAGAGAUAAAUCUCUUCAGCUGUAAAAAAUGUUGGAAACACUUUUUUAAAAAAAACAUGCAGUUGUAAACGUUUACCAGGAACUUCACACAGUGACAGAAGGAAAUUGUACAAAUAUUUGAUGUGGGGAAAAUGUUUUUCCUAGUCAAGCAACCUUAAAUCCCAUCAGAGAGCACACAAUUUAUUUAUGUAUUUAUUUAAUUAAUUAAAUUUCUAUACCGCCCUUCUCCCGAAGGACUCAGGACGGUUUACAGCCAAUGUAAAACAAUAAUUCAUAAAUAAGGUUAAAAAAACGCUAUAAAAAUCUAAUUCAAUUUUGGCAAACGUUAAAACUAAUUAAAACAAUAAUAAAACCUGUUGGGAAUCAUUACUGCAAUGGUCAGGUAAUUUUGCUUUGCAUUAGCCAUAUAAUCUUUGGAAAAGCAAUAUAAACCUGUAGAUAUAGAUUCUUGUCAGAAUCGGACUAUGUACAAGAAAACUAGCAAGCAGAAAAUGUAGUUGCAUUAUACGUGUAUUUCUGUAUAUCCUGUUCCAACCACAUAACCAUUAACUGAUGUUUCCAUGCCUCGCUGCACCUAAACAUUCUGUAACAGGAAAAGUUCUUUAGAAAUGUGCCCACACCUGCUGUUGCAAACUGCUCGGAAACGCUAACCACAGAGCCUGUCCCGAUAACACCGGACAUGAUAUGAAAACUGCUUUGCACACAUAUAUCCAUCCUACUCAGCUGUGCUUGCAAACAUAAUUGCCAUAUAUGUAUAUCCGACCCAAUAUGUCAGUUUAUGUGCGGUUAAUCAGGAUCACAUGCUUGCCUUCUGAAACUCUGUAACCCACCCCUAACAAACCCCAAUAAAAGAGUUUGUCUCGAGCUAGCUCGGGGCUCGCUCACUCUGA